AUGAUCGAAGAAAUCCCCAAUCCCCGCAGCGAAGGACCAAAAGUGAUGGUCUAUUGCGUCGGCAUUGGCACUUUCACCGCCAGCGCAUUCAACGCCAUCGUAUCCUCAUCUGUCGUCGCCCUGGACUUGUCGUAUGCAAUGCCCAUCGCCGUCAACUGCCUCCGAGGUCGGAAACUCCUUCCGCCGAGGGCAUGGCAGUUACCGUCUGGUAUGGGGUGGCUGGCUGAUAUGGUGAGUUAUCGAGUCACCUGUUAUGUUGUGCAAAGUGCCUCGGCUUAUGAACGGAAUGCAGCUUGGCUUGUCGUAUAUUGCUCUGACAACGGUGCUGUUUCUGUUUCCACCUGGGCGGCCGGUCACUGGGAGUAG